GGAUGGAUGAACUAAUGAAUGGAUGAUUUAUUGAUGGAUGUGCACCUUUCAUAUAAAAUCCAACAUUAAAAGCUUCUGGCUGGAGUAAAUUUACUGUUACUGUAAAUCUAAGUAUUUAUUACCUGUUAUAAAUUAUUGGUAAUAAUUUAACCCGAGAGCCUCCAGUGGUCCGGAUGUGCGGCUCUUUAAAAAACAACAUGAGAAUUGAUCUGGAUGAAGCAACGUCUAUCCGAAACCAAACACAUGCAUCUCUGCAUCCUCUGGCUUGUGUCUCUCUAUUAUUUUGUUGUUAAACCCCCUUUAGCAAUAGGUUGUGUGUCUCAAACAAAUACUUUAUUUUGUGCAAAAUACUCAUAUAGUUAAAAAAGCCAACAUCAUGUACGUCAUUUGACACUGCAGAAGUGUUUGCAUGAUCAUUUUCCAGUGAAUAUUAACAAUUUUUGAGCGAUUAACAAGCUUCUUGGCGUUUACCAUGAUGUGACUGAGGGUGGUGUACUUGUUAAGUCCCCCUGCUUUCCAUGUGGUUUAACACAAUGCAAAUAAAUGUUCCUGUGUUUGUCACCUAAGGUCACAGACCAAAACCAGGUGAGAAACGACUUUUCGAAAGGGGCUAUAGUGCAUCCGCUGCAUCCAUGCAACAUUUUAACAAUGCAGCUCUGCUUCUGACGCUCAGUGCUGAGGUAACGUAUGCAGCACAAAGAAACAUGCUGCUGUUGCAUGUGUGCAUCAGUGCCGGUGUUCUGCUGUGCCUCCCUCAGUGUACCACAGGCGUUUGCACUGAUGGGACACCCAAACAGUGUCAGGAAGCAGAUACCGCCCCGGGAACCAAUCUGGCAGGCGAAGGCUUUGAUAUAACCACCAUGGAGCGCAAAGGAGCCUUCGUGCUCAACAUGGAUGCAUGGCGACGCAAGGAUAAAAAAUGCACCCUGUGCGUCAACCCCUUCAUGGAGAACAAGCAGCAGAAGCUGCCUCUGUCCGUGCUGGACUGGAGGGCCAAGCAGUCCUGCAACUCCCAGGUGUCGUCCAAGCUGCACAAAUCCAGCGAGUCUCUGGUUAGCUCCACUUCUUCUUCUGUUGAGAACAACUGGAAAGUAAGCUUAGAUUUUCAAACUAUAAAAACGGGUGCGUCGUUGAUGUUGGCUGGAACCAACUCCAAAGUAGCUGAUUACUCCAUGGAGAAAACAAAGAAUGACAAGUUCAGCUUCUCAAGCCUCGGCAUGUCCUGCGAGUACUACAGCUACCGAGAGUCAAACUCGCCCAGGCUGCACAGGGAAUUCAGCAAAGCGGUGAAACAGCUUCCUCGGGUGUACAGCUCUGAAAGCAAGGAACAGUUUUACAAACUCAUCGACACCUACGGCACCCAUUACAUCAGCAAGGUGAAGUUGGGUGGAGAUGUUCAGUCUGUCACCAGCAUUCGCCAAUGUCAGGCCAGCCUGGAGAACCUCAGUGCAGAGGAGGUGCAGAUGUGCCUGAUGGUGGAGGCGUCUGCAAGCUUCAGGGUCACGGUAAAAGCUGAAUCAAAACACUGCAAGAAGGACAUAGAGAAAUCACAGAGCAAGACGGCGUUCUCAAGCCUCUUCAACGACAGGUUUACAGAAAUCAAAGGGGGCCAUACUACAGAGCCAGACCUCCUCUUCUCUGCUGAUAAAGACCCAUCGGCCUACAAGGAAUGGCUCAAUUCGAUUCCACAGAACCCUGAUAUAAUCUCGUAUUCCCUGGGCGCUCUGCAUGAACUCCUGCCUCCUAAAUCACCAACAUGGUCCAACCUGCGCUCAGCCAUCUCCCAUUACAUCCUGGAGAAAGGUCUGGUAGUCAACUGCACCGAGCGUUGUAGAAAAGAUUCGAGGGAUCAGUGCGUCUGCCAGUGCCAAAACGAUGAAGCUGUGAACCAGGACUGCUGCUCGAAGAAGAGAGGCAUGGCCCGGUUGAUUAUAACCGCACAGAGGGCGACGGGUCUGUGGGGAGACUACUUCACAUCCACAGACGGCUUUGUGAAAAUCUUUUACAAUAAAAAAGAACACCGCUCACAAGUCAUCAACAAUAACAACAACCCAAACUGGAAUAUGGUGGUUGAUCUGGGUUCGCAAGAUCUGUCUGUAGAAAACAAAGUGAGAUUUGAAGUUUGGGACCAGGAUCAUGGUUGGGACGACGACCUCUUGGGAUCCUGCGAGCCGCUUCUGCAAAACGACAUCAAGGUGGACGUCUGUAACAUGAACCACGGCCGGCUGUACUUCAAACUGGAAGUGAAAUGUGCUCCGAGUCUGACCGGCGCUUUAUGCACAGAGUAUCAACCUACACCAAUGAAUCAGAGCCUGAAGAAGCUUUACGUGUCUCGUCACGCCCUUCCUAUUCCCAAAGCCAUGCUGCUGGAGAUGGGAGUGUUUCUGAACGAAUCCGUGUCUGCAAAGUUAACUUUUAGGAAAAACCAGAGUCUUACUGCUAAAAGGCAAACAUAUUAUCUUAAAUAAGGCAAAUUCAGCACUGCAAAAACACAAAAUUAUACCAACUACUUGUGGACAAGUUUCCAGUGCAAAUAUCUUCAUACACUUGAAAUAAGACAAAACUAACUUACAAGUAACUUUUCUGCAAGAUAUUGGAGCUUGUUUUAAGUCAAUAAUUCCUGAAAUGUCACCUAUUACUCUUUCUUGAACAGGUUAGGAUAUCUCU